CAGCUUCACAUCAUUCAUACCUUGCAUUUCACCCCUGCAUCCCAGUCGCCCUGCAGCCUCACACAGAUCCUGCACACACCGAGACAGCUGGCACUUACAUAUUCGCCAUUGGCCUGCCUCUGUUCACCCUCCAUGGCCCUGCUACUGGCCCUUAGCCUGCUGGUUCUCUGGACCUCCCCAGCCCCAAGUCUGAGUGGCACCAAUGAUGCUGAAGACUGCUGCCUGUCUGUGACCCAGAAACCCAUCCCGGGGUACAUCGUGAGGAAUUUCCGCUACCUUCUCAUCAAGGAUGGCUGCAGGGUGCCUGCUGUGGUGUUCACCACACUGAGGGGCCGCCAGCUCUGUGCACCCCCAGACCAGUCCUGGGUGGAACGCAUCAUCCAGAGACUGCAGAGGACCUCAACCAAGAUGAAGCGGCGCAGCAGUUAACCCAUGACAGCACCAGAGGGAGCCUGGAGUCCAAGUAAAGUGUUGUGAAUUAUUACCUAAUCUGGGGAACCGAGGACCAGAAGGAAGCACCAGGCCUCCAGCUCCUCUGCACCAGACCUGACCAGCCAGGACAGGGCCUGGGGUGUGUGUGCAUGUGAGUGUGAGCAAGAGGGUGACUGUGGUCAGAGUAAAGCUGCUCCACCCCCAGACUGCAAUGCUACCAAUAAAACCACUUGGUGUUUACAACUAA